GUAGCCACAGCGCCAUUUCGUGUUAACUGGUUCAAGGUACAGUACAAUCUGCCUACUGAAUUGGAAACGGAUCAUAUAAGACACCAACCAACACAACGUCGAAAUUGUACUCAUUUUUCAAUAAUUGAGCUCCUGGUGAGUAUUUUGAAUCGAGAACAUUUUUCAGAUUUUUUUUUUCUUUUUUUUUUCUUUUUUACUUUGAGCUGAUCUCUUUCGGACUUUUUAUUUUUUUGUUUUGAAUGGAUUUUUCUGGCUGCAUUCUCUGAAUUUGUGUUGGCUUUUAAAGGCGUGCAUUUUGUUGCAGCGACGGGUGGAAAACAGGCUGCGCGUGACUAGUAUUGGUUAGCUCUCUACACAGCGGUAAUUUUUUUGCUUUACUUUUCGAAUUAGGACUUUUGAACCUUCAUUUUUCCAAGUUUACCAUAAGAGCAUUUUGUGUGUUUUAUGGUAAUAUUUUUAUGUGAAGAAAGAUCGAAGGUUGUUUCCAAUCUGACUGGACAAAUGAUUAGGCCUAGUAGUAUGUGGUCAACAUCAUGGUCGUCUUUUCCCCACCCAGGAAUGACGUUUUUAACAGGGUUUUUAUACUGUUCAACCUUUUCAUUUUAAGACCCAGUAACAUGAAUUUCGGUUGUUGAAGUUGACUGCUCAGAAAUAUUUCCAACGUUUUCUUUUUGGCUUUCUUAUUUUUGAGGUUCGCAACAGUGCUCUCUGCAUUAGCCCUAUUUCUCGAAACAAUGACGUAAUUUCUGAGGCAUUAUCUUUUUUCACUAUGAAGAGUGAAAGUGGGCGUUCGUUUGCACUGGAAUACAAACAAUACGGUGUAUUGUAAACAGGUAGGCAGGCAGGCAGGCAGACCACGACCGUCCAGGGUACAGGCAAUAUGGAUAGCUUGAUGGCUGGCAACGUUACCAACAAGACUGACCCUCGCUCCCUCAACUCCCGGGUCUUCAUCGGGAACCUCAACACUCUCCUGGUCACCAAGGCAGACGUGGAGGCCAUCUUCAGCAAGUACGGCAAGAUAGUGGGCUGCUCCGUGCACAAGGGGUUCGCCUUUGUCCAGUAUGCCAAUGAAAGGAAUGCCCGGGCCGCCGUAGGGGGCGAGGAUGGGAGGAUGAUCGUAGGACAGGUGCUGGACAUUAACCUUGCUUGCGAACCGAAGCAUCAGAGAUUGAAGACUGUGAAGCGCUCUGCGGGAGAUAUGUACAGUUCUUCAUUUGAUUUGGAAUAUGACUUCCAGAGAGAUUACUAUGACCGGAUGUACCCGUACCAGUCCCGCGUGCCCCCUCCACCUCCUCCCCCCCUGUCCCGGGCGGUGAUCCCCUCCAAGCGGCCCCGGGUCAGUUUGAGUGGAGGCGGUGGAGGAAGAGGAGGUGGAGGAGCAGGGGGCAGCCGACGCACCAAGACCAACUUCUCAUCCUCCAGGAGCAGCCAGAGCAGGGUCUCCACCUCACGCACCAUGAAGGCAGAUGACCUGCAGACCAUCAAGAGAGAGCUGACCCAGAUCAAACACAAGGUGGACUACCUGCUGGAGAGUCUGGAACGCAUGGAGAAGGACCACACCAAGAAGUUAGACAUGAAGAGUAGUGGGAAGCCGGAACUCGGGGAGGUGUCUCCUCUCCACUGUGGAGGAAAGAAGGAGGAGAGCUUGAAGAGGGAGAGGGAGAGCCAACUGCUCAAUGACUCCGAAGAGGAGGAGGGAGACCUACUGGAGGAGGAGGAGGAGGUGAAGAGUCGGGGAAGGGAAGAUGACGAUGAAGAGGAGGAAGGUGAGGAUGAUGGAGAUAGCGCCAACGGAGACGACUCUUAAACACCGCAAGAUUGUCUGUUCGCACACACUUACAUACAUACAGGCACACACACACACUCCCUGACAUACACAAAAUGAAAUGUGUAUAAUUACAUAGCAACACACAUGCAGUACAUGGACAGCUGUUCCUACUGAACUCACUAUUCAUAUGGACAUUUCCACUAUACCAUUCUGAACGUGUGCUCACCUACACAUUCAGUAACACUCUACCAGUUAUGUCAAGCAAAUAUCUGUCCCUUUUCUUCUCUUUGGGUUUCUCUCUGAUGUAUUAGUUUGUAGCCUCAUACGGCCAUCCUGAUCUCUCCAUUUACAUUAUUUGUGAAUUGAAAUGAAAUGAGAGAGCGUGCGCAGCAGUCAGGUUGGUGGACCAGGCUAAUUAUUUGGCCCCAGAUCAAAGAUUUUCUUUAUGUAUACCGUAUGUAUCUUGAAAAAUACUUUUAUUCUAGUUGUACUAGUCCGGAUACAGUGGAUCUCAAACCUCUCCUCAGAGACCCCCAGUCGUUCCAUGUUUUUGAUCUAUUCCACAGCUAGCACACCUGAUUCAACUAAUCAUCAUGUUCUUGACUAGGGCAAUCAGACGAGUUAGUUCAGGGCUCCACAACAUUGUGAAACAUCUGGGGGUCCCGAGAGGUUUUAAAACCAUUGGACUGGAGGAUCUUGGCACCUGCUGCGUCCACCAGCAGGUGGCACUGUGCAAUGACAUUUUUACACACCUAGGCCCGUGAAAUGUGGUGCUGGAGUUGGAAGAUUUUACAAUGACCAUAUUAUAAAAAUCGUAAACAAUGAAACAGACAUGUAUAGGAAGAUUUCAUGCCAGGAUUGUCUAAUGUAUGCCGUUUUCUUUGCCCUGAAUGGUUUUGCUUGUUUCUUUUUUAGCUUACUUAUUUGUGUCAGGAAAUACAGUUUGACUUAGUAUAACCUUGAGUUCUGUAAUGGAUGUUAUCCAUGUUGGUGUGUUUGUCUCGGUUGCCGUGUGAUUUCAGUUGACCAUUACUUUGACUGUGCUUGUGAAUUAAAAACUUCCAAGUGGGAAUGAUCCAGGCCA